AUGCUCGCCGGUCGCGCAUUACAGGCAGUCCGCUUGACGGCUAUGACUCGCGAUAUUCCCCAGGCUGCUCCGAUAACCUGCUUCACCAGGCGGCGAUUUGCCACCAACGCAGUAAUCUCGCCGCUACGUCCAGCCUCACUUAGCCAUAAGGUUGUCAUCAUAGGCGGCGGUACGGCCGGCCUUGCCGUCAGCCAUCAGCUUCUUCGGUCUGGACGAUUUGCCCAAGAUGACAUUGCAGUGGUUGAUCCAGCCACAUGGCAUGACUAUCAGCCUGGUUGGACUCUUGUUGGUGGAGGCUUGAAGAACAAAGAGGAUCUUCGCUCGUCUUUGGACAGCCUAAUCGACAAGAAGCUGAAGUUCUACAACGAGGCGGUCUCGACUUUUAGCCCCGAAGACAGCUUCGUCACACUGAGCAACGGCGCUCAGAUUGGCUACGAACAGCUUGUAGUAGUUCCGGGUAUUGCCAUCAAGUACGACCAGAUCAAGGGACUGCCAGAGGCUCUCGCUGAUCCUGAUUCCCUUGUCUCCACUAUAUACGGCUACAACACAUGUGACAAGGUUAAUCACACAAUCAACAAGCUGCGAAAGGGCAAUGCCAUAUUCACCCAGCCAGCCGGCCUCGUGAAAUGUGCAGGAGCCCCGCAAAAGAUACUGUGGAUGGCGGUGGACAAGUGGAAACGAGACGGCCUAUUCCGGCCUCUUGACUUAGGUGCAUCGCCGAUCAAAAUCAGUUUUGCCACGGGCCUUCCUGUCAUGUUUGGCGUACCGAAGUAUAGCAAGAAGCUGGACGAAUUACGCAUAGAGCGCACGGUGGAAGGUCUUUUUCAACAUGAUCUUGUCGAGAUCAACGGUGACAAAGCAUUAUUCACACGCCCAGACGGCGAAAAGGUCAUGCGGCAGUUUGACCUACUCCAUGUAGUGCCCAAAAUGGGAGCUCACGCAUUUGUUGCCAACAGCCCUUUGGCAAACGAAAGUGGACUAGUUGAUGUUGACGAAAAUACGACUCGCCACAAGAAAUACGCGAAUAUCUGGUCAAUCGGAGAUGCUUCAGGUCUACCCACAUCCAAAACAGCAGCUGCUAUAACUUCCCAGGCACCAAUCUUGGUAUCCAACAUUUUACAGACUUUUGACGGGAAAGAGUUGGACGCUUCCUAUGAUGGUUAUACAUCAUGCCCUUUGAUUACAGAGUACGGCAAAGUCAUGCUGGCAGAAUUCAAGUACGGUGCCGAGCCUAAAGAAACUUUCGGAGAUCUUCUCGGCAUUGACCAGAGUGUUCCUCGUCGAGCAUUCUAUCAUCUCAAAAAGGACUUUUUCCCAUGGGUAUACUACAAAGCUAUGGUUAAGGGUACUUGGGCUGGUCCAAAAGGCUUUAUCAGAUAA